CAUUUUAUCCUGCUGACCAAAAAUAAUCUAGAAUUUAGAAUUAAUUCAUAUUGUUGUGGGUGGGGCUAGAACAAUAAUGUCUUCAGAGAGGCUAGAGAGAUACGAAGAGAAUUUAAAGUCUCAACUGAGAGACCUAGAAGCGCUCGUUUCCCACACACUACCUAGCUUAAGAGGAGACGAACUGAGAAGAUACGUGAGACAAGCUGAACACAAGUUGGAAGAUGCUGAGAAUGAAUACAGUCAGUUACAGGUGGAACUUAAAAGAGCCCCUCGCUCGUUCCAACAAGAGUACAACCUUAGUAUGGCACGUUAUAAGAAUGAACUCAACUCAUUGAAAAGAAACCUGAUAUCUUAUUCUUCAAAAUCAGCUCGUACUGAGCUACUAUCUAGAGAUGAUGAUUCCACAUCAUUUGGAGCAACAAACGAUGGCUAUGAUCAAGUAUUGAGGAACACUGAGGCUAUGAAGAGGGCAACUUAUAGCGUCCACAAGGCUCAAGAGAUAUCAGCUGAAACAGAUCAAAUUGCUGACAAUAUAGUUAAUGAACUGGGAGAACAAAGACAGACAUUAUUGCGUACUAGAGAUAGGGUGUCUGGUUUUGAUGCUCAAAUGAAUCAGACUAGAAGUUUGCUUCGAAAAAUUGCCUGCCAAACUGUUCAAAAUCGAUUUAUUCUCAUUGCUGUGAUAAUAGUGGAAGUAUUAAUACUGAUUCUUGUCACAUGGCUCAAGUUUUUCAAGAAAUAAUUAACAAUAAUAAUUAUAACUUGCUUCACUUUGUAUGGUACUAACAUUGUAUUAUCACCAAA